AUAAUUUAUUAUAUAUAAUAUAAGUAUAAAUGCAAUAAUAUGUGAGACUCGCUUCAGAAACAAUCAGAGGACACAAAAACGAUGAAAAAAAAGUUCAUAUUACGAAACACCUUGUAUAUAUUAAAGAGUGAAUUAAAAUGAAUGAUUUUUAUAGAUAACUUCUCUCUGUAAUGAAUUCAUUGAAAAGUUACAAUGUAAUAUAUGUAAUUAUCUGUUUCACUAUUGUAACCUGUGUAUUUAACUUACAACUUUGAUAGAAUUUUUAGUUGCGAAUGCAUCGCACGAACGAACGAAACAUGAUAUGCGAAUGUUCUUCGCGUUAUUGUUGACGCAUUAUUUUCAUUUGGUAAUAUUACUAAGUAUAGGUAAUGAAUUUAUGUUCAACAGAUUGGAUGAUAUUAAAUUUAGGAAGAAAUGUAUUCUUAAAGCGUAUAAGGACAUUAACUUCUGUUACAAAGAUGAUUAUACGAUACAAAAAUGUGCUCAUUCAUUAACUAAUCAAACUAUAUUUUUUCAUAAACAAAAAAUGAUUCCUCUCAAAUUACAAUCAAGAUAUUUUUACACACCGCAAAAAUGCAUUCGUUCUCCUGAUAAAUAUCAUCACCGAAAGCUACUUAUUUAUGAAGAAAAAGAUAUUUCUAAAUAUCUUUCUACAUCUAAAAAAGAUUGGAAAACAAACGAAAAAACGACAUCCCAAUAUUUUCAUUUACGACAAAGAAAAGAGAGCGAUUCUGAAGACGAUGAAGAUACAACUAACGAAGAAUAUUCAGAUGAUUGGGAUGAUUGGGGUGCUUGGAGUCCAUGCAGUGUAACUUGUGGAUGCGGACAACAAGUUCGUUGGCGUCACUGCAUUACAGAUGAUUGCGUUAAGGGUUUAAAAAGAGCGCAAAUAAAAACUUGUCACCUUAAACCAUGCGAUAAAGGUUUCUUAAGUUGGUUGGGCAUUAAGCUUAAAUGAAACUUUUAAAUCAAAAGAAUCACAACGUCUAUCAUUAAGUGUUUAUUACUUAACAAAUUACGAUUUUUUUUAUGUUUAUCUCAUUCAUUGAACAUAUUAGAAUUUGUAUUAUUUUAUAGUUUUAUGUUCAUAAUUAUUAAAUAAUAUAAAAAUUCUAAAUGUAUACGCGUAUAGAGUUUUACUUACACAACUACUAAUAUUUAUUAAUAAAUAUGAAAAAUGUCAGGAACAGACGAUAUUCAACUUUUUUUUCGGUUAUCACAGGAAACCAAAAUAGUUGUUUAUAAUAAUACAUUAUACACGUUACGUAAUACUUUUUAUGCACACAAAAUUUCUAUAGUAUAAUAAUUGUAUACUUAUUACAAUCUAAUUAAGGAAAUCUAUAACAUCUAAUUAAUUUUUUAUGUUUUUUUAGUUUUCAGAUUGAUUUUCCAAACGGUUGACAUUAAAAAAUUUCGACACAGUCGUAGCUCAACAUUGAAUUUAUAAGACUAUUUUGGAUUUCGCAUGAAAAUGAGAAAAGAUUCUAAUCUAUUUGUAGGAAAAGUUAAUUAGCAUUCAACCAACUUUAUAUGUAAGUAUGUUAUUUAAGUAACUAAUUACCAACUCACAAAUUACUGGUAUUUAUAUUAAAUUCUCUACAACCACAUAUUAUGUGCUUUUAAACUUUGUUAUUGAAAUAGUAGAUGAAAAAUCGAAUAUCAAUUAGGUAUUACUUUGUUUUAAGUAUUGGAACAAACUUUGUCGAGA